CUGUCACCCGUGCCCCAGCCCCCAGAAAGCCUGUACGCGGCGUGCCCUCCAGACGGAGGAGCCCGAGCUGCGGAAGGAUGGCGGCGGCGGCGGCGGCGGCGGGCGGCUUCUCCGAGGAGCAGUUCCUGAAGGCCUGCGCUGAGCUCCAGCAGCCAGCGCUGGCCGGGGCCCCCUGGGAGCUGCUGACGAAGACCUCGGGCAUCAGCAUCCACCGGCUGCUGGACCAGGUAGCGGCCGGCCCGCGGGAGGACCGCGGCGGCCGGAGCGCGCCGGGCUGCCGCGUAGAGGGCACCGGGGCGGGUCUUCUGGAGAGCGGGGAGGAGCUCCGGCCCGGCCCCGACCCCGGCUCCAGAGCGAGCGCGAGGGCGGUGCUCCGAGGGAAGCCCCGUGCAGAUCCAGGGAAGUUGGGAGGUCAUCCGAGUUCAGCCUCAGGGAGGGUUUUGACACCCACCUAUCGAAGGGAGCAGCCAGUCUCUGACCCAGUCUCCCCAGCAGCCUUGGUGCAGUCUUGUCAUAUAGACUUUGCUAAUAAGAUGCACAUGGGGCUUCAGUUUGGAAAGAGCACCAGGAGGAAGCAGGCAGCAUUCAAAACCCAGUUCUCAGUGACAGCUAAGACAUCUGACUUUAGGGAAAACCAUGGCAGAGCCUCUGAUGUUUGCUACUCAGCAGCUUUUGCUACGAUGUCUGGUCCUUUGGAAGCAGCAGUUUGGCUUUGCUGGAACAAUCCUAAGUACUCUGCAAGGUCAUCCUGCCUAAGCUUCUUGUUACUUGAAGCCAAACAGGUUUCCAGAUGCAUUAACGUCUUUUGUCCUCCUUCAGAGCUCUAUGAAAAAGAAUGCAACGGGAAGGCUGUGGUCUACUGGGAAGUGAAUUACCCUUUUCCCAUGUCCAACAGAGAUUACACCUACAUCCGGCAGCGGCGGGAGCUGGACGUGGAAGGGCGGAAGGUCCAUGUGAUCCUGGCCCAGAGCACCUCGGUGCCUCAGCUUCCUGAGAGGUCAGGGGUGAUCCGGGUGAGACAGUACAAGCAAAGCCUGGCGAUCGAGAGUGACGGCAAGAAGGGGAGCAAAGUUUUCAUGUACUACUUUGAUAAUCCGGGUGGCCAAAUUCCGACCUGGCUCAUUAACUGGGUCGCCAAGAAUGGAGUUCCUAACUUCUUGAAAAGCAUGGAGAAAGCCUGUCAGAACUACUGCAAGAAAACCUAACAGAGUAUCGGGAACCUUGCCUCCAUGGGGAAGAUGUCUCUGACAGUGACUCACCCUCCAGUGCUCAGCCUUCCCUCCUUGGAGCCCACACACCCUACAGCACAUUGUUCCUGAACAUGUACACCCAAC